CGGCCGGUAGUAUUGCAACUUGGAUCUCGACAAAAGGAUCGACAGAAAAUUCUAUUUAAGCCAUCGAUCAAUUCAAGAUCUUUACACUGGAAUGAUGUUGUUUCAUUUGAUGAUCAUUUAUUUCGUUUCCUUUUCGACCUCAGGGUAUUUUUAACCUUAACACCACUGAAUGAAUUUAAGUUUACCUUAGAUUUUUGGCUGCCCAUACAUACAUCCUACUCAAGAAAUCUUUAGAACCGAAAAAUAUUUAGAACGGAUGGGUUCUUGAUUUAUGGGAUAUCAGUGACUGACUUUGUCAAGAGCUUCAAAUUUCUUGGUAAAAGGUCUGGAUAGAAGCAGAUAUGUAGCGAACCUAAGAAAAUUAACGACACUUUCAAAAUUAACAAGAUUGUUUGUUUCUAAUCUCCGAGAGCAGGGGGGUGGAUCAGCGACGCUUCAGAGUGUUGGACGUGGAUGCAAAAGGCAAUCUAUAUCUUAACAAGACGUUGCUGCUCUGCAAGAACGAAAUCAUCAAACGAUUGAGAAAUGGGACGUACAGUUUGGCAGAACAGAGCAAAAUAGGUGUGACAUUUCUCUUUUAUUUUUAAAGACAUCGGUAUAAACUUAUUAGAAGAGAAUCUCGCCAAGAAUAUCAGCACGUAUUUAUUUCACCUCACGCCCUUGCAUUUCACUCUCAUACAUACAUUGUGAUAUUGUCGCGAUUUGGAUUUUAAAGUAGGUGUCUCUUACGCAAGAAUUACAACAUAUAUCUUUAGUGUACCUUCAAAUAGAUUUAAUAUUAUUGACUUGCCUUUUCAUAAUCUUUUUCUAAAUAUUUCACAACGGGUAGCUUAGUGAUGUUCUUUGACUAAAUGAUACCUUUUUUUUUUUUUGGACUCAAAAGGAUUCUCGAAGGACUUUGCAGCUCUAACUUGCAAGGAGCUCAAACAGAAAUUACCAUCAGUCGUGUCAGGCGUCUAUUGGAUAGACCCUAAUGGUGGUUCCCACAGUAAUGCUUUCCAGGCCUACUGCGACCAGCUUACGGACGGAGGGGGUCUUACCUUAUAAGAUUACUCACAUUUCACAGCUGCAUCAAACGCUGUCGUUCCGCGUCCAUCCUGGUCAGCCUGCGGCUCCAACAUCCAAGUGUCCAAAACGGUUCCACUAGGCGAGACGCAUUAUGAGGCCAUGGACUUUUCUUUAUGGCGUAGCAUUGGUAAGGAAAUACUAAUCAAGAGCAACAUCAACAACUGGUUCGCAUGCAAGGAAGGCACUGGUAGCAUAGUGAAACAGAAGAAGGGAUCGAUCCACUGUAAACUGGUCAAACAGGUUGCUAAGAACUGCGGUGGAGCAGUACCAAAAUCCUGGAAGUUUCAUGCGAAUGGACCCUCCUUUAAUGGAGGAGGUCAAUUUUAUUACUUUGAUGGGAGCAAAAGUAGCCACUGGCCCACUCAUGAUUCUUGUGGUACAAAUCGAGCAGACCAGUUGAAAAACGUGCCAAACCCACACGGAAACAUUUUUAUUCGUUGAAAGCAUAUGAGAGUUUUUCAGCGCUUAAGGGUGUUUAUUUUGUAAGUGGCAUCUAUGAAAAUUUCUGCUCAAAGUUUCAAAGGUAAUAAAGAUGGAUUCUUGAUUUAUGGGAUACCAGUGACUGACUUUGUCAAGAGCUUCAAAUUUUUAGGUAAAAGGUCUGGAUAGAAGCAGAUAUGUAGCGAACUUAAGAAAAUUAACGACACUUUUAAAAUGAAAAAAUAUGUUUCGACAGUUCUUCUGUCAUCUUCUGUUCAUAAUGAUACAAAGUACAAAGUUGAAUUUAGAGUUUGUAACAAAAUUCUGAUUGGACAAAACAAACAAUAGAAACAGAACAAUGUAUGCAUUUACAAGGAAAGUUUUAAAUUAACAUAGUUGGACCAAC